AUGAAGCCCACGAACGGACCAGAACUAGUUAACACGGCUACAGGCAACAUUCGCGGUGCCCUUGACGUGCGAGAGCUGCAUCAAGGAUAUCUCGAAGCCGUUUCUCUAACUCCCUCUGGGUUGGCUGGUCAUGGACGGACACCUAUUGACAAACUACAAAUUAAAGGCAUCAAAAAGGUCGAUGCCAGCUUAGCAGACCAGUUGAUCGUGGUUGAAGGCACCGCUGCACCCUCUGCCAUCGUGGCUGCUAUCCAAAGCACUGGUCGGGAUGCCAUUUUACGCGGCAGUGGGACAUCAAAUAAAACACACAAGGAGGGCGUUGCAAAUAAGAUACGAGGCCUGGUACGCAUGGUACAAGUCUCCAGCGGCCUGACAAUAUUCGACCUGACGAUCAACGGGCUCUCGCCGGGGCGAUACUGGGCCACUAUCCGUGAGACAGGAGACGUCUCCCGCGGCCCCGAGUCCACCGGUGGAGUCUGGGAAGCCAUCAAAGAGCUGAAAGAGAAACAGCAACAAGGCAGCAGCGGCAGCGGCAGUGAUCCACGGGGAGUUGUGGGCAGUGUGGACGUGGACGAGAAUGGCAAAGGCAAUGUCUUCCUGGACCGGCCGAUAGCCGUGUGGGAGAUGAUCGGACGCAGCAUGGUGGUAUCAAGGCAGCGCGAGGGCCCCUUCAGCAUCGAUGACGAAGACACCAUCGUCGGCGUCGUAGCUCGCAGUGCCGGCGUCUGGGACAACGAGAAGAUGGUGUGUUCAUGCUCGGGCAAGAAUGUAUGGGAGGAGCGCGAGGAGCAGCGCUCCAGGGGGAUUGUCUGA